AUGUCGCAUUCUUCUUCUUCUUCUUCUUCUUCUUCUUCUUCUUCUUCUUCUUCUCACGCUUCUUCUUAUUUGUUGUCUCCUUCACUUUCUUCUCAUGACAUUCUUCUUCUCCCUCCUCUUCUCAUCAACCACCACUACCACCACCACCACCACCUUAUUCUUCUUCUUCUUCUUCUUCUUCUUCUUCUUCUUUGUUGUCUCCUUCACUUUCUUCUCAUGACAUUCUUCUUCUCCGUCCUAUUCUCAUCCACCACCGCCACCACCAUCUUCUUCUUCUUCUUCUUCUUCUUCUUCUUCUUCUUCUUCUUCUUCUUCUUCUUCUUCCCCCCCCUUCUUCCUUUUUCGUACAACUCUUCUUCUUCUUCUUCUUCUUCUUCUGUUCUCUUUCUCCUCCUUCUCCUCUCUUCCCCCUCCUUCUUCUUUUUUCGUACAACUCUUCUUCUUCUUCUUCUUCUUCUUCUUCUUCUUCUUCUUCUUCUUCCCUUCUACUCCUGUUCUCUUUCUUCUCCUUCUCUUCUCUUCCCCCUCCUUCUUUCUUUUUCUGACUUCACUAACUGCAUAUGCUUGCUUCGUCUCUCAUCUUUUUCUGCUAGCACUAAAAAUCUUUUGGCCCUGACUGUUACGCAUGCUUCUUUCCUCCCCCCCUCUUCGUUCUGCUCACCUACUCUCCCUUCUUCUUCAUUCUCCCCCACCCCCGCUGGCAACUGCACCACACCCUUUCAGAUAGCGAUUCCAUUAAAAUCGUUCACUUCUCCGGUAGAAGGCGCGCGGCUUCCGUUUGUUCGUACGAUUUGUUCGACUCACUCUCUCUCUCUCUGUUUUUGCCUCUCUCUUUUUCGUCCUUGUUCUCGUUCGCGCAUGCUUGUUCGGUCUCUCUUGCACAGUACAGGCAGACCUAAUUUACAUCAGCGGUGA